UUUUUGUGUCACAGUUGAUAGACAACACUGAACACAAACUGACCCUAAAAUGAUGAAAGUUUUCGUUGGGCUUUUUGUAGUGCUAUACAUCACAAACACUUGGACAGUUUCGGGUCAAAAAUCAGUAACCGGAACAUGUACUCAAUUUGGAAGAACUCAGUUACCAGUAUUUAAUAUGUUCUCGUAUAUGGGACUAUGGUUUAUACAAGGAAGAUAUGACUAUGCAAGUACACCCGAACUUGCUGACUGCAUGACAUCUGUUUAUAGAAAGACAUCCUGGGGACAUGCUGACAUUACUGAACGUAGCAAAAUUCUGACGACAAACACGCCACAUCAAAUCAACAGUCUGAUGAUAUUUGAUAAUCCAACAAGAGGACAUUACACAUACGAAAUUCCAUCAGAUAAUGUUGCUGACUGGCCAGUUAAUAUAUUGUCAACUGACUAUAUAAGUUACUCAAUCGAAUGGAGUUGCUUUCCUAACGGAACUUCGGUUGACACUUACAUAUGGGUGCUGAGUAGAUUACGGUACGUAGAUAAUCUGUUCAACGCUCGAAUUAGUAAAAUUCUAAGAAGUCAUAACAUUGACGAAUCAUCUAUUCGGAAAAUAAAUCAAAAUCAGGCGCUUUGUAGUUAAAAUUAUUUGGUUGACGCGAUGAAUAUUUUUCCAUGGCAAGUCCUUCGAGAGUCAUCACCAAAAUGUUUUUGUGCUAAUAAAAAAUCUG